AAUUUUAUUCUGUAUGCUGUGUUCCGUACUCUGCAAAUUUCUCAAACUUGUAUUCCGUAUGCUGUGUCAGAGACAAGUAUCCAUCCAGUCGACGGCUGCUCACUCUUCACGGCACUUUUCCCCUUCACGCCACGGCUCCUCUGUCUUCUCCAGUUCUCCUAUAUCAAUCAGACAAUCGCCACGCAGGACGCACCGUCGGCGACCAGAAGCAGGAGAGCUCACUGCGCCGGCAACCAUGGCGACGAGCGACAAACCCACCGCGUCCGUCGAUCCCGACACCGCGCUCGCCCACAAGUUCCCGGAGGUCUCCUUCUCCUACGACGAGAGGGAUGUGGCGCUGUACGCGCUCGGGGUAGGGGCCUGCGGCACGGACGCCGUCGACGAGAAGGAGCUCCACUUCGUGCACCAUAGAGACGGGCAGCGACACAUUAAGGCUCUUCCUACAUUUGCUUCUUUAUUUCCUAACAAGAACAGCAAUGGGCUUGGAAUUGUUGACGUGCCUGGCAUUCACUUUGAUGCAAGCCUACUAUUGCAUGGUCAACAAUACAUAGAGAUCUACAAGUCAAUUCCUUCACGUGCCAGUGUUGUAAACAAGGUUAAGGUAGCUGGUUUGCAUGACAAAGGGAAAGCAACUAUUCUUGAGAUUGAAACUACAACCUAUCUCAAAGAUUCCGGUGAAGCAUUAUGUAUGAACAGGAGUACUAUUUUCUUACGUGGUGCUGGAGGCUUUUCGGCCUCUUCCCAGCCAUACUCGUAUUCGACUUAUCCUGCCAAUCAGAUUUCUCGCGUUUCCAUUCCAAAUUCUGCACCUUCCGCAGUGUAUGAAGACUCGACACAACAAUCCCAGGCACUCUUAUACAGGUUAUCUGGAGAUUAUAAUCCUUUGCAUUCAGAUCCUAUGAUUGCACAGGUUGCAGGGUAUGACACUCCAAUGUUCACUCGUCCAAUACUGCAUGGUCUCUGUACUCUUGGGUUCGCUACUCGCGCCGUCAUCAAGUCCUUCUGCAAUGGGGAUCCAUCAGCAGUGCAAAACAUAUUCGGUCGAUUUCUGUUGCAUGUCUAUCCGGGGGAAACACUAGCCACUGAAAUGUGGCUCGAUGGCCAGAGGGUGCAGUACCAAACUAAGGUGACAGAGCGUAACCGAGCCGUGCUUUCUGGAUAUGUGUUGCUUAAACACAUCCCAUCAUCAUUGUAAGUGCUGUAUCAUAUUGGUGAAAAAAAAAUACUCACUUUCUAGUUGCGCCUACCUCAUGCUUUAUUUGCAAGUGUGGACGUGUGGUGGUCAGAAAAGAGGCGGUUUUCCAUUGUACAAACGGCCAGUGUUCUGUAAGGAGUACUCGAUACUUUUUACUUGAAAAAAAUAACUAAAAAUUGGUCUUUGUACUAUCUAAUAAACGCAUAUCGAUCUUCUUGGUA